UUCUUUUUGGUAUAUUUCAUCAGUGUGUUAGCAAAAUAAUUAUUAAUAAAUAUUAAUUAUUUAUUGAUAUACACAGCUCUUACUCUUACGAGGUGAUAUUAUUCUAAAAUUAUAUAUUCUUUCAUUUUGACAUUGUGAAGCUCUGAGGUAAUCAGUUCUAUGGAAGUAACAAUGGAUUCACUUUCACAACCCAGUCUAGGGUUUCCAGAUCAACCAGCGAUGGAAACCGAUCAAGCAACAGCUUCCCUAAUUACGCCUUCAACUGAAGUUACUGGACCUACAAGCGGAAGGCAUGAAGAGUUUUCGGUAGAGAAAGUAUUAGACAGAAGGAUUAAGAAUGGAAAAGUUGAAUAUUUCUUGAAAUGGAAGGGUUAUUCCGAUGAGGAUAAUACUUGGGAGCCUGAAGACAAUUUGGAUUGUCCUGAGUUGAUAUCGGCUUAUGAAGAAGCGAGGCUUAAGAGAGAAAGAGAAGUCACCACAGUACCUGAACCUGUUGAUGAAGGGCUAUCCUUGAGAAAAAGACCUAAGAGAGCUGAUAAGAAGAAAAAGUCUAUUGAGGAAAUCGAAAAACCAAGAGGCCUUGCUCGAGGAUUGCAGCCAGAGAAAAUAUUAGCUGGGCAAUUGUUUCAUGGGACACUGUAUUUUCUAGUUAAGUGGCAUGACUGCACUGAAGUGGAUGUAGUACCUGGUCAUCAGCUUGGUGAAGUGUAUCCAGAAUUUGUGAUAAAAUAUUAUGAAAGUUGUGUGCCGUUCAGUGUCAGACACAAAGUGGGAUUGAUCGACAGGCCUGCACCUGAGCUUCUACCAGAGAUGGACAUCAAACCGGGUACAGAUUCUACAAUGGAUGUGAGUGAAUCUCAGGAGGUUGAACCAGAGUCAGGAUCAAGAACAGACGUGAAAACUCAACCAGUCGAUACGGAAACCUCAACAAUGGAAGUUCCAGUUAUAUAAUUUGUAGUGACUUGACCAAAUCGACAAAGUGUACAAUCAAAUAAUAAUAUGAAUUAAAAUAAUUAUUUUUAUUGUGAUAAUAUAUGUAUAAUAUGAAAAUCGAAAUAUUGCUUUGCAGCAAACAGGAUUUUAUUACCACAGGUAAAAUAUGAAGCUUCAGAAAGUAACAUUUCUUACGUUAUGACAGAUGGCGUAAUCUGUCAAACUUAGUUUGAUAACGUUGACAGCUCACUCUAGGCAUGGAAUAGUGUUUAAUCGUUAAUGAGUCUGUCGAACUUAGUUUGAUAAUGUUGACAGCUCACUCUAGGCAUGUAAUAGUGUAUAAUCGUUAAUGAAUCUAUUUAAUUAUUAUUCUCAUACAAUUAGUAUGCACUUAGAAUAUUGAACCUUUUCUUACCCACUCACACAAAAACAAUUAGUACGCCUCGUGCAUAUCUUAUUCAAUCAGUCAAUUUAGUAAAAUACGUGCGAGUCGAAAUAAUUUUCGUGAAAAGACCCGUACGGUGAAAUAUCACAACGAAUUGGAUCUUAAAGAUAUAUAUUACUUAAAAAAAAUGGUGAACAAACUUAAUCAAGUUCACUCUUAUUAUCAUCAGCAUCACUACUACUGUAACUGUCCCUUAUGUUGAUAAUAAUUCUUGUUCACAAUCUCUGUCAAAGUUGACAUCUCGCUCCCAAUAUUCUAGUUAUUUUAAUAUUCUAUUUACUUACACGUUAUUACCUUAUACUCGCUAGGAUCAUGAAGACAGCGGAAGAAAGACUAGAAGUUUCUGUACAUAGAGUCAUAUCAGUCAAAUAUGUAUGCGAUUUCAUAGAUAACGAAGAAAAUCUAAAAAGUACUUUCAAUCAAGGCUUGGAAACUGUUUCAAAUUUAACGGUUUUAAAUGUUUAACCUCUAUAAUAAACUAACAAGAACGAUAAAAUUGUGGUUAAAGGUUGAUAAAAUCUGAAUGCAAACUUCUCAAUAUUACCUAAACGUUUGUUCAUUUUCGGGUUCCAAGCCUUAUUUUGAACGAAAAUGCCUACAGAAAUCUGUAAGUUUUUUAGGAAAUUCAAUUAAAUAUGCAAAUAAUAAUACUUAUUCUAAAACAGUUUUGAUGUUUAGCGAUUGAUAACCAUAGAAUCUAGAUUGUAGAAAUAUGGCACGUAAUUCACCUGUAUUUUGUAAAGCACAAUUUAAUAGUUGUAUUGACUUCAAAUAUCUACUAAUGCAACUUUCAUCGAAUGGCCAAAUUUAUGAAGUUAUGCAGUAUGAACUAGAUCCCAGUAUCAAAACAAGGAAAAUUCAAAUAUGUGCAAAAAGGAAAUGUUAAAACUCGUAUUUAUUCAGUCGGGUUUUAUAAUUUAUCUUUUACAAUUUGUAUAAAAAAGAUCUAUGUAGGUAAAGACUAUAAGAUUAUUUUAUAAAUAAGGAAUUGAAGUUGUCAAAUAAAGACUUUUAAAUAA